AUGGCUAACACGGGAGCAUUUUUCGUCGAAAGACCGCGUGAGCACCUUGGGGAAUGUGGUGGAAGGUUCAGCGCUCCACUUGCAGAACCGCCGAAGUCCACUCCCCGAUCCAUGUGGUUCUGCUUGCUUCACCUGGUUAGUGACCUCCAGGGGCUGGUGCAUUUCUUGGGAAAGUUCGAAGUCAAAUCAGAAGUUGAAUCUAUUAGCGUGUGGAUGCGCAGAUUAACUAGGAUGCCAGACUACGCUGCGCGAGGACCGAAUUUGGUCCGGAAAAAUGUGGACGGACCAGCUCAGAAUGCAUCCAGGCAAAACCCUUCGCAGCUGCGAAUUCGAGCUUUCGUCUUCGUUGCUGGGACUUAUAACUCGGCCCGCAAAAUCCCGAAUCAACGCAACCUCGGAGAACGAGUGUCGCUGCAAGGCAGGACGGAAAGGGUCAAGACUUUCAGCGAGGAUUAG